AUGUUUUCACCAAUCAUUAAACAUCUGUUCAACGUAGUUGUCACAGUUGUAGCAGACGAGUGUACUUCCUAUAGUAUAAUAUCGGAGAAUCAUAGAAGUACGUUAUUCGAGCCAGAAGGAAAUGACAAACUUUUAUGUGAUAGAGCAUUGCCAAGCAACUGGUACAGAUUCACCAAUGGUGAAAUGCCAACAUCAUGUGUUCCAACCUUCCACUGCGGAACACAAGUUCCGGUAUGGUUAAAUGGUCAGUUACCGAAGGUCCAAGGUAGUAAAGUCACCCUUCAGGCGUGUUACAACUACGGUAAGGGUGUUGAUCCCGGAACUUAUGGAGGUUCAACUUGUUGUCAUAUAUCGCAACAAGUACAGGUGAAAAACUGUGGGCAUUUCAAUGUGUAUCACCUGGCAAGAACAAUGGCGUGUCCUAUGGCUUACUGUGCUGGUGAUUCACGAGUCUGUCCUAUCGGACAAUCAAAUAUUGCAUCGCAUAAUUGCACAGAGCUUUACCCUAAAAUGACCCACUCCCCUGUAAUCGGUGACCCGUAUGUUGAUUCCGGCGGCACGAAGUGUUAUACAUGUGGCUGCACAGGUAAUGUCAAAUUUCCUUGCCAUAUUCCUUAUCCGAAGGGUGUGCCGAAUGUUGCGUUUGAAGUUACAUGGACUGUUAACGGAGUUCCACUCACGUAUCCCGGAACACAUCAUCCUGUAGGCCAGAAUCUUACAGGUGAUGAACGAGACGCAACACUCGAAGAAAUAUAUAUGCGAGGACACUUAGACACUGAACUGCGGUGUGAGGUGCGCUCCUAUUAUGCCAAUAACUACAAUGGACCGAAGAGUGACACAUUGAAAAGUAACAGUUUCUGGGCUGGGAUCCGGAAACAUAACAAUUCUAUAACGGUCGACGAGAAAGGAGACGAACAAGAAAUCACACUCGAAUCGACUGUCCCAAUCCCGUGCAACAGUGCAGUAAUAAGAUCCUGUUUGUUUGAAGUAGAAAUGGGCUUCAGUUCAGACCCAUAUGACAUUUCAACGAGUACGUGUGAAUAUGAACUAAAAUGCGAUAACACUACCCAUAAGUACUCUACCACCGUCAAGGUCGUUGCCACAAGAGAUUUUGUUAAAGAUGGUGACCAGCAGCACGUGCUUGCAUUCCGACCACUAUUCCGACCAAAUUCAAUGUGGGACGGCUACAAUAUAUCUUCAAUCCAGAUAAGAUCAAAGGACAGAUCACAUGCCACUUGCUCGGCAGUCUCGGAUCCUCAUGUGAUACAAGUUGAACAUAACAAAAAGCCUGUCAACAUUUUCAAUGUAGGGAAUUUGGUCUUGUAUAAGAGCAAAGUGAGACCAUUCGAGGUCCAAAUAACGAAUUGGCCUUGUGGAAGUUACAGCCCUUGUAUAUGUGCCGUAGCUGCUCGUGAAGGGAACGACUACAUACAGAUUGAUAUGUGUGCUAAAACGAGGAACCAGUUGAGUGCUCCUGAAGUUACAUAUCCAUCUGGGCCGCUUACUGGCGGCACAACAGUUGACCCAGAAAAAAAUGGUAAAACCUUACAUAUACAUUUUCCAUCUGGUGCCAGCCUUAUGGUUUCUGCAGCUUUGCUUACACGUAAUGGUAAAGAAAAGGACGGCUAUCUUAAUGUAUACCUAAAAGUGCCUACAGAUGACAUUGGGAAUUCAGAAGGGAUAUGUGGGACAUAUGACGGGAAUCCAAACAACGAUCGAUUAGGAAGUGAUGGACUACAACAUCCAAGCGCUAUUGAUUUUGCCAAUUCUUGGCUAAUACCACCUAAGUACAGUUUUUUUGAAAACCCUCCGUUGCAAUCUACUGCUUACAAUCAUAACGACGCCAACUACUGCCAGUGUGAUAAUGCAACAUCCCAGGCUAUAUGUACAAAAUCUAAGGCAUCUAAUCCACUAGCACAGAAUACCGGUAAAAAACCACGUCGCCACAUUGGUACUUUCCGAUGGGGACAACCUCGUGGUCACCAAGAUUACGCCAAAGAAACUGGAAUCCGCCGAUAUGCCAAACCAGAAAUACACAGAAGGAAGCAGAGGGCAGCUGUCACGCGUAGUGGAAUGACGGAAGAAAUGGCUAGAAAGACGUGCACCGACGACAUUCGUCAAGCCACGUUGUUCACGAGAUGUCAAUCCUUAUUGCCAUCGGUUAUGGUAGAGAAAUACAUUGGAGCAUGUGUGGAGGAUAUGAUGAUUGCAGACAGUGACAUCUUUAAUAUUGGGUAUAUGAAUGCCAUUGACUUUGAAUGUCAAGAUACUGUCCUUCGAGACGUUCAUAAUUACGCCAUAGGGCCGGAUAGAAAGAGAAUACCACCUGCUGACGUAACAACUCACUUGUGCCCGAAUCAAUGCAACAGACGUGGCUUAUGUCAACAGGGGGUGUGUAAGUGCCAAACCGGUUAUAUUGGUGAUGAUUGCUCGGUUCAGUCAGGCGUGACUCCAGUCGUCAGCCGUAUUCGCGGUGGCGGUCUAUGUGACGUCAGAGACAGAAAGUGCAUGAAAGUUCAGGUGAUCGCUGAACAUUUGAUAGCGGGGCCAAACCUGAAGUGUCGCUAUAAAAAAGCGGAGGUUGGUGGUAGCAGGCUGUCACCGUAUGGGUCCUACUUCGAUGUCCCUGCAUCCUUUACCAGCUUUCUAGAGGUCGAGUGUAGCUUACCUGAAAGCGCUGUGUUAAUUAAAGACAGCACGCGUGAUGCCUUUUUGAUGUCUGUGACAGCCGAUGGGAUACUCUAUAGCGCAGAACACACAUUCCUGGUCUACGACGGUCUUUGUCAAAACUGUAAUAUAUCUGGACAUUGUACAUUAAAGGCCAACACUUGCCUAAUAGACAGAGAAUGUCGACGUGAGGGAGAACAGAAUGGUGACGGUGGUUACUGUGAUCCACACGCUGACCCUUAUGGAUGGAGUCGGAGUUCCGCUGCGACAGAAAUAAACCACUACACGGCGUCUGGGUCUGGAUGUCAGUGUGGCUACGACCAAGUGAAGUUUGAUUGUGCUUGCUGUACCAACAACGGCUGCCAAUGCGGAUACACCAACCCUCACAUAUGUAUCAAUUGUGACCACAUGACAAGCUGUUCAACAUACCCGGAGAUCAUUGUCGCAAGAUAA